AUGGGAUUCAAUCAGUCAAAAGUCAAAAUUGAGUCAUUAGAACGAAAACAAAAGUUACUUAUGAAACAGAAUGCUGAUAUGGAAAAACAGCUAGAUGUACAAGAAGAUGUUAGUAACCGACAAUACAAAACAACUUUUGACCAAAUGGCUGCAAUAUUAUUGGCAGUUGCCCGAUCGAAAGCAAAUGAAACAGUUAUAAACGAUGAAAAAUCCGAAAUCGAAAUAGCAGGCACCACAUAUGAGAUCAUUCAAUAUGUUAAUCGAGGUGGUUUCGGUACAAUAUUCAAGGCUAAAGUUAAGAAUACAGGUCGUAUAGUUGCUAUUAAAGUUAUAGAAAACGCACCCGGUAUAGAAGCAGAAAUCAAAAACGAAAUUAACUUUUUACGUUUAACAAAACGAAUUCAAAUUGAUAAUCAUCCAAUUAUUGAAUAUCGCGGCAGUCGAUUGACCAAGGACGGUAUUUUCAUUGCUAUGGAAUUUGCACUAUGUGAUCUUUACACUUUUUGGAAAAAUAAACCAUUUCCGGCAAUUGAAGAGAUCACCGUGUUUGGUAUGAUUAUUAUUGUUUAUGUACUGCGUGCUUUAGCAUUUCUCGAAAAAUUGCAUAUUGUUCAUGGCGAUAUAAAGCCACAAAAUAUUGUUCUUGUUCCAAAUGAACAAUAUUUUUGCAUUAAAUUAAUUGAUUUUGGUUCAGCGGAAAAGAUGAACACUCAACGUGCGCAACUUACAGUCGAUGCAGAGAAAGUUCAUAGUGCAUUUUUUGUUUCACCAGAAUUUUUGAAAUAUGAUUCAAAAAAUCGUGUGUCGAGACAACUUCACAAAACAUCAGAUGCAUGGGCAGCUGGUGUUAUGUUUUAUCUGUUGUUCUGCGGUGAAUUUCCGUGGAAUGAUGAAAGAACAUACAGACGAUUUUGUAAUGAUCCACAUGCUGAAGAUGUUGCUGUACCACAAGCUGGGGGUUACAGAAUGAUUAUUGAAUUGCUACUAAAGAAAAAUCCUAAUGAACGUUCCAGUGCCACGGAAACUCUUGUACAAUUAAAGGCACAUCCAGAAUUCGGCAAGAUUAUUGAGUCACUCCAUCAAAAUUUCUGUCCUGUUGAUGAUGUAUGUAACAUGACAGUACCAAAUGAUGUUCGAGAAGAAUUAAUAAAACUUGCACGCCCUGGCCAUUAUACUGGUAGCUUUGUUGCACUGCCGAACAAAACAACAGAUGAAACACGUCGUUCAUGUCGAUAUGGUCAAAGCUGUUACAGAACUGAUAGGGAUCAUCGCGAGAAAUUUUCACAUCCAGGCGAUUUGGAUUAUCGUGAAUCGAAAGUGCCUAGCAGUGGGGUUGCUGAAAAUAAAGAAUGUCGCUACGGAGCAUAUUGUUAUCGGUAUGCAAUACUUUGUUAUCUCAUAAAUAAUUUCGGCUACUUAACAACAGUAAUUAAUCAUACCGCAAUAUUAAUUCCAGUCUUCCCUCAGUGA